ACCACAGACUACAUAGUGCAGACUACUCGUCUUUUAUCUUUUGUCAUGAUAUCGAGAUAUAUUUGAUUUUGGCAUUGUUCUGUUAUUAUCAUAGAUUGUGAGGUCAAACAUCUCGGAUGGAUGCCAAGACGGGCUCGGUCGCAUCUGACGACACUCAUCGCGCUGCACACUCCAGACAACAUUCCUACGAACAAGUCUUUACGACCUUUGCGACGCCCCAACAGCCUCAAUUUGUCCAGUCAAUAUCGCCUACGCAAGAUGACCCUUCGAAUAAGGAAGAUAACGGCGACGAUAAGAGUCCAACAAUGUCGCAACAACCAAAAACCGGCGGUUCUCGAUCACCGUUAUUCUGGGUCAAUUCCGAUCCACAGACCGUACGGAAGGGAUCGAGAGAAGAGACACUCAAACGGAUUCGAUCGCAUGUAAUGUCCGAGCACAAUCGCAAGAAGCGACUGGAGAAUACACGACGGUACAAUAAGAGCAAGACAUGGAAGAACCUCGCCUAUCGGCCGGAACCGAUCGCGACAUCUAGACUGUCGCGCGCGAUUGAGUCGUCGAUAUCUCCGCCGUACUCGUCUUCCUCGUCGUCGGACAGAUCGAGUUCGAAGAGCUCGUCGUCCCCGGAGAUCCGGGAACAGUCGCCUCCGGACAGUCUCAAAAAAUCGAGAAGUGCUGGUUCACUGACAUCGGAGACGUCUAUUGCAUUUUCCACGAUACAAGACUUCUCGCAGGAGUCGACGAGUUCGACGCAGAGUUCGCCGCAGGAACAGCAGCUAUCGCUUGUACGGCAUGAGGCAAGCGUGCCUGUUGCGCCUCGUGUAGGUACUGACGAACUAGAUCCGUUUCACGCGACACAAGUACAACUCUCCGAGUCGCAAUAUCAGCAUUUCAAAUUCUUUCUGUACGACCUAAUCCCCCAAGCGGCACCGUUCAUGAACCACGGCAUCGCAAAACUCCGCAACCACUGGGUCUCCCUCGCACAAUCGAAUCCAUCCGUACUGUACUGCUGUAUCACCUCGGGAGUGACAAAUAAAUCGUUACGGACCGGUGACUUUUUUGCCGAUCCCGCGACUCGACGGGAUAGUCCCUUGGUGCUGGAUCGGCUUCGGAAUCGGGGCUUGACGAUUAGUUUGAUUAACCGGGAUUUGUCGUCUGCGUCGUCGGCGGCGAGUGAUGCUUCUAUUGCUGCGGUUUCGAUGUUGAUCUCUGUAGAGAUUACUGGGAGCAAUCCGCAAGAUAUUGCGCCUCAUCUUAAUGGGUUACGGAAGAUGGUUUCACUGCGAAAGAAUUUUGCAGAUAUAUCCAAAAACGUGCGGGUGCAAGUCGAAUGGAACGACAUCCGAUCCGCAUGCAAAACAAUGUCCAAACCCCUCUUCCCCUUCAUCCGCUACGCCAUGCCAGCACAUACACCACCACAAGUCCGCGUCGAAAAUGCAGGCAAACUAGCCUCUACACUACGCCUCCUCAGCCGUAUCCCCGGCGUAUUCGGGGUAGAGAUGUGUCGCACAAUCGACGAUCUCACCUCUGUCACUUUAUACGCUGAGAUAUUCCGACUACAACCAAAACUCGCCUCGGUACUGUUCGACGAAGAUAUAGAAGAAUACUUUAACAACGAAGCCCUCUACACGGAAUAUUGCCUCGUCAACGACCGAUGGAUUCGCGCUUCUUCUACAGCAAACUCGACAUUCACACUCCGCGGCGACGACACAAUCGAAGGCGCCGUCCGACUAGCCAGUCUCCUCUUCCACAAUACCACAAUCUGGCCAUUUUAUCCUGCCAUAGCCCCCUUGUUCCCUUUACCAGUCAUUGCACUCGAAACCGCACUCCGUCACGGCAUCGCAGCGGGUACAUACACCUAUCUCCCCGAUCUACUCAUAUGGCUCUUAUUCAUCGGCGCAUCAGCCGCAAAAUACCUCCCCACAAGUCGGAUUUGGUUUAUGGAUGAAUUGUGUAAGGCUAUCGAUACUUAUAACACCACCAUACCACUCACCACAUCAAUAUCUCCUGGCAGAGGAGGAGGAGACGGGGGAAAUAAUUAUAAUGAAUACGAAUCAACCCAAUUCAUGAGCACAGUGGAUGAUUUCAGGGAUGUUUUGAUGGGAUUUUUUUUUGUUGAUCGUUGUUAUGGAGCGGACGUUUCGGAGAUAUGGAGGAGUUUGACUGGGCGAUAGCCAUCGUCACUUAUCCUGAAGCAUGUUAUGUAGAUAUCCUGGCCCAGCAGUAGUUUGCUCGUUGUACAUGUUUAUGAUGUAUGUAUGUAUGUGUGUAUAUGAUUAUGAUAUUGAUUACUUUCUG